UGGACGUAUGUUUCACUCGCCAUCGUCAAAGCAGAGAGGAAGGAUGAAUUUCUGCUUAGUCCAUACGGAUUCGUUGUCCGUGCCCGCAGAAAGGAAAUUCAGUUGGGUGGUUGACAUUAAUGGUGUUAAAAUUUUAAACAAUUCUCAUAAUCAUAACACAAGAAAUGGAAUUAUCAAUGGAAGUUCUGAAAAUGGAAAAUCUCAGCAUCCUAUGCCCUGGUUUGGUAUUGACAUUGGAGGAACUUUAGCUAAAGUUGUUUACUUUGAACCUACUGAUGAAUUAUCCAAAACUGAUUGUGAUUUUGGAGAUUUAAAUAGAAUUUGUCAGUUUCUUAAGAGCAGAGCUGCAUAUGGUAAUACAGGAAAGAGAGAUAUACAUUUAGAGAUGAAAAAUGUUUGUAUUAAUAAACGAAGAGGAACACUUCAUUUCAUUCGCUUUCCAACCAGUGCAAUGCAUUCUUUUUUAGAAUUGGCCAAAAAUAUGGGUUUUUCAAAUUUAAAUACAACAGUAUUUGCUACUGGAGGUGGUGCAUAUAAAUUUGAAAACGAAUUCCAACAGAUUACAAGUAUGGAAUUGCAUAAAUCUGACGAAAUGGAUUCGCUAAUAAGAGGAAUUCAAUAUGUUGAAGCUAAUAAUUAUAACGAAUGCUAUUAUUGGAGUAUGCCCUUAGAUGAAAUAAAUUGUAAAAAAGUGCGAUAUGAUUUCAGUGAUCCCUAUCCAUUUUUAGUUGUAAAUAUUGGUUCUGGAGUUAGUAUUCUGGCAGUUACCGCUCAGAAUCAAUACAAAAGAGUAACGGGUACAAGUUUAGGUGGUGGCACAUUUUUAGGUCUAUGUUGCCUAUUGACGGGAUGCGACACAUUUGAAGAAGCCAUCGAUCUUGCUGAAAAUGGUGAUAACACGAAUGUGGAUAAACUUGUUCAAGAUAUAUAUGGUGGUGAUUAUACUAGAUUUAAUCUCAGGGCAGGAACUGUUGCCAGCAGUUUUGGAAACAUGAUUUGUAAAGAAAGGCGAGCAGCUAUUUCUAGAGAAGAUCUUGCAAGAGCAACACUUGUUACUAUUACAAAUAACAUUGGAUCUAUUGCUCGAAUGUGUGCAAUGAAUGAGGGAAUUCAACGUGUUGUAUUUGUGGGAAACUUUUUACGUGUAAAUACAAUAUCUAUGAAACUUUUGGCUCAUGCCAUGGAUUUUUGGUCUGGUGGAACAAUGAAAGCUCUCUUUCUAGAACAUGAGGGUUAUUUUGGUGCUGUUGGAUGUUUAAUGGAAAUGAUGAAAUAUUCCAUGUAAAUUUUUAGCCACAAAAUUAAUUCCUUCCAAUUGUAUCUACCUACUCACAUUCCAAAAGCUAUUACACAAUGAUUUUCCAGAACAACUUGGCUCAUUCUGGAUCAAUUAGUAAAAAUUACUCAACCAUCAUUUAAAGAAAAUAUAUUUAUGGAUUUACUUUUUAAGAGAAGACUUUUUAGAAUAUUUUAUACUUAAUGCUUUUUGACUAACUGUACAAGUUUUGUGAUUUAAUCUUUACUUAAUUUUUAUAGACAAAAGUAUAUAUAUAUAUAAUUUACUGUAUUUUCUGGUCAAUAACCUGAGAAUAUUUACAUGCAACAUUUUCUACAAAAAUUUUGAAUUUUUAAAUCGUUUUAUACCCAGUGCAUAAAUUAUUUGAUGUGGAGAUAUCCUAUUAACCAGUAAAUAUAAAAUACAUUUGUUUUAGUUUGAGAAUGCUAGCUUUAUUACAUUUUUAUGCUACAUUUUUUUAAUACUUUCUGUUUCAUGGGCCAUACCAGGGCCUUUUCUUUAUAUCCAUGAUGGAUUUUUUACUAAGGGGAACUUUUAUACCAUAUUAAUUUUCUACCUUUAUUUCGUAAUGAAAACUGUCACAUAAAGAAAUCGGAGUUACAUUUUAUCAUAAGUUUUGCAUUUUCAAAAUAUAAACAAACUAAUGUCACUAAUUAAUUAUUUGAUAAUGAAGAAUAGACAAGAUUUAUAAAUUAGCAUGUUUUUUAAUUGGGUAAACAUUAAAAGAAACAUCUAUAAAUUAAUUUAAAGUUUCAAAAAAGAAAUUUGCAAGAAAGUAGUCUCUAAAAUUGAAUGGCAUUUAUAUUAAGUUUUUUGUAAAGCCACCGUUAAGCAUCACAUUCUAAUUUACGAAUUAUACCUAAAAAUUGGCUCCGUUAAUUUGAAGUUGGAAGAAUAUUAUUCGGAAUAACGAUUUGUUUAUUGUACUAUUAGUUUGAGUAAACGGCAAAAAACAUAAUUUAGUAAAAGUACAAGUGUCCCAAAAGUCUUUUUCAAUUUGUUUUACCCACUGUGCGACGCAACCGACGAUAGGUGCGCAGGAGUUAUACCGAUCGCCAGCCUCGUCCUUGGGAAUUUCGUUGCUAUGGAGCGUUUUACAGGAGCGGAGCGUGCGUGCUGCGUGCGCGAGUUUUACAAAAACAAUAAUUCUGCCAUUAUAGCGCGGCGAAAAUUUUGUAAUCUUCAUCGAUUACGUCAUAUAAAUGAAGCACCGAGUACUCAACUCAUCAAAACAUGGGUACAGAAAUUUGAAGAGACUGGUUUGGCAAUGAGCAAACUUCCGACGGGGCGACCAAGAUCAUCAACAAGCGAGGAAAGUGUGGAGAGCGUACGCCAGUCAGUUAUAGCGAUUCCCGCUCUCUCUGUUCACAAAAGAGAAAGUGUCUUAAAUCUUCCUAAAAGUUCCCUACAUCGCAUAAUGCGUAAAGACUUGUCUCCACCCUACAAGAUACAGUUGGUUCAAGAAUUAAAGCCAACAGAUGGUGCUGAGAGGCUUAACUUCGCUAAGCAGACGAGUUGACAUAAACUGGCCUCCACGUAGCCCUGAUUUGACACCAAUGGAUUUUUUCUUGUGUGACUACCUUAAAUCAAGGUAUACAGCGACAAUCCUACCUCUCUGGAUCAAUUGAAACAAAAUAUCCGAGAAGAAAUGGCAGCGAUCACGGAGAACACGUACCGAGAAGUUCUCAGAAAUUUUGCCCCCCGUGUAGAAGUAUGCCAGCGAAAUAACGGAACACAUUUAGACGAAGAAAUAAAUUCCCAGGGACUGUACUUUAUUACAAUUUUUUUUUAUUUUAUUAAUUUAAACUAAUACAUUAUUUUAAUAUUGAUUUUUUUUUUUAUUUUGAAAAAGACUUUUGGGACACCUUGUAUAUAAAGCGAAGUGACAUUAGGAAGAUUGAAGUUCUGUCCCAAAGAGGGGGGUCUUCUAACACUCUUACUACUAAAACAGACAUUAUAUCGACUGGCAUAAAAAAACAUUUAGUUAUCCUCCUGCAUAAGUUUGGUUUUUCUGGGAACUCGAAAAAUAUAAUAAACGACAGGGAAAAAUUGAAGUAACCACGUUCGAUGUAGUUUACUACGCACAAAUCUAUAUUUAAAAAACGAUGGUUUACAAUUUGGCAUUUUAAAAUGCGGCGUUGCAGAAAUAUUUUUUGUCAUAUCCACGUAUAAAGUACGUUUUUAUAAACUAUGCACGGAGUUAGGAAUUUCUUCGGUAGUAUUAUACUAAAAUUGGAAAGAUCAAGCUUCAGACAGUAAGUUGACGAUUGAAAUAUUGUUAGGGGUAAUUAGCACGUAUUAUAUUUGCCAAGUUAAAUAUUGCAUAUUUUUUUUUUUUAUACAAAUCGAAAAGCUAGCAUCUCGAUCCUUAUUAAAUUUCCAUACGUUCGAGGCCAACCAAAUGGCCACUUGAGGAAAAAAAUAGAUUUUAGAACGAAAGCGGAAUACAAACCAGACCAGAAGCUACGGUAUUGUUAACAUUUUCAAUAUUAUUGUGGGUGAUCGAGGAUACGAUUGUUAGUAUUAUUGUAUAUACAUAUAUUUAUAAUUAGAAUUGUGAUAGUGUAUAUUAAACCUAUUAACGAGAUAUUUUGAUUUAAAGAAAAAACGGGAUUCCUUCUAAAUCGAUAUUUUCCCAAUCAUUUCGGUUUUUCUCUAGUGUUCCGAGUGUUUUAAAUAAAAGGUUUUUAGUUAUCACUCGUUCGUCGUUUAAACCCAUAUAAGGUCAUUGGAGAGAGAACUUUAAUUAUAAUCCUCGGCACUUUUACUAUCUCUUUUUCUAUCGGUUUUUUUCUGUAUGUAUGGAUAUUAGUGUGUGGGGGUCACGAUUUCGUUCACCCUCUUUGAAGCAUAAUAACUCCCGCCCGUGCUUUUUGUCGAAAAUGUCUGAAAUUUUAUAGGGAGUUUGCUUAUUAGGGGACGGGUGCCACUAAAUUUUAAUGGUCGAAGAUCGAGGGGGUGAGGAGAACAAAAGAAUUUCCUUCGGAGCUUGGUCUUUUUAUUCCAUCGUCGUACUUAAUUUGUCGAUUUAACAAAAAAAUGUUUUCAAUUAACACAUUUUUAGUGUCAAUACGAGUAAUUAUUUGUCACCAUGUUGGGCUGCAAUUUUUAAUCGUAUUUUAAAUUUGUUUCGUUUAAAAUAUACGUUCUCCGCCUCGAAUUAGUAGUGGCUGGUCCCCGUACAUUUCGGUUAGCAACGGAGUGUUGCCGCUCGUCUAUCUGGCUCUAGCUCCUUCCGGGGAAAGUUUUGAAUGGAAAUAACGUGAUCCGGUUUGCACCGGAAGUUUGUAUAUAAUUAAUCGGGGCCUCCCGCUUCGAAUACGUGGUCUAUAAUUUGAUUUAUGUAGCUCCGUUCUGAAGAUGAAGGAAAGACAGACCGACGACAGUGGGAAUUUAUAAGUCUAUAAUUUUUUCAAAAUUGCAGCCCGAAAGGUGUAUAUAAUGUCGCGUGCUGCGUAUUAAAAAGAAUUUUCUACCGGUAGGACCGAGUCUCCGAAUUUAAGCUAGUGACCCGCGUUAGCGUCGAUCGAAAGGCAAUUCUGUUUUUUUUUCUUUUUUUAAUACGUUGUAAACUUAUAAUCAUCGAGUAGAAAUUAUUGUUCGAUUCGAAAUUCUUUAGGAAUUUCUUAGUUGGGGAGGCGGAUAUUAUCCCUGGGCUUUUCCAAUAAAGUUGGUAAAAUUUCCCCGGAUAUAUUUUCGAAAAUAAGGUAUUUAGGCGGAAAAACAUUGUUACAAACGGUAAGUCCGAAACCGCUGCGAAUUUUCGCCCGCGGUUUGAGUUACGAUUUACGGAAGGAAUCGACGUCCGGGGAUGGAGUUUCCGGUUAUAGAGUUUGAACGGGUGGAAGAAGUCGCCGGUCCAUAACGGAAUUCGGAUCUUUUCGUUAUAACGAGGUAUGGUCGUCUAGAGCAGUGUUUCUUAACGGGGAACCGCGUCCCCCUGGGGGUCCGUAAGAAGUUUGCCGGGGGCCGCCAAAUUAUGCAAAAUUUCCUUCAGAAUAUAAUAAAAAGAAAAUUGAUGUAUAGCCGAAUAUCAUAUUGAAAAGUGAAAUAAGAAAGAUAAAGUCUUCGUAUUUAGUUUUUUGUAUUUCUUAUUUCUUCCUACCUACAACUUUGUUAGUACAGAAGAAAUAAAUGCAAAUAUGCUACUUACACCGCAGUAUUUACUACUUUUAUUCCAAAGUAAUUCUAAGAAACUAUUAAUGCUUGGAAUUUUAAAAAUAAAGCAAUAAUAAAAAAAAUCAAUUUAUUAUAGUUAAUUUAACAAAUAUAAAUUAUUAUUUAAAAAAUGGGGGCCAGAAAAAAAUUAUGAAAUAUUUGGUGGGCCGCAAGUAUAAAAAGGUUAAUUAAGAACCACUGGUCUAGAGGACGCGGCUGCCGAAAACAUAUCCCUUUACCUUUCGACCGGACCGAGGAGAAAAUAGUUUCCAUCCGAUCGGAGUUUUUGCGGCUCCCUAACGGUUUGUUUCUAUCAAAACGGAACGUAGGGAAAAUCGGGAGGGUGGUUCUAUUAUUUAAUUUCCUCGUCUAAACGGAAAUUUCCACACGUUUUUAAUGGGAGUCGGCGAAGGUGUGGACGUAACGCUAAUUUUUAAGUAUGGUAAAACGUUUGGGCAAAAUUUACUGUGAUAUUAAAAAGACAGACCGACAUCUUCCACCUGGUUUAAAGGGAAUCUCGUUAAUUUUUUUAUAAGUUUUAUAUUUGUUAUAAUAAAAUAUUUUUGUAAAUAUUUUCGUAUCGUCUAUCGAUACUCGUAUGACCGAUCGGAUGAGGUUAUCUCAGGAUGUACUGUGAUAAAAUACAAAUAAAGUUAGUAUAAAACGGAAUGUUGUUUCCUGGCUUUCUUUUAAUCGUCGUCUGAAAACCCUUAAAUUCCGUCAUAAUAGACGAACCGGACUAAACGCUGGUUUAUACACGUACGCCGAAAUUAACAUUUUUUCCAAAUCCGGGUCCGAAAACGAAUAAGCAGGAAAUUUUUUUUAUCGAAUUUAAACUUUGUUUUCUUUUUAAGGACGUCGUUCUUCCCUUUAGUUAAAUACGAUUAAAGCGUAUUUUCCGAGGGAAAAGAAAAAAGUUUAUUCUCAUUUUAACGGUACGUCGGUUAUCGGUCCAUAGCGCUCCCGGAACUGUGGUGCGCGAUUAGAUUUCCGGUACGUACUUAAUUUUAAUUACGCUGACGUACCGGUAUGUACAGUACGACACAUGGGUAAAAGCGGAUAAAGUAAGUAGUCCGUGGAGGUUUUAAAGCCUAGUACUCUUGUGAGGAAACGGGCGACGGAACUGCAAAAUGACGUCACUUUUGCCGUCGAAGCCGACGGAAUACCCACUCAGGCGGAAAGCGGAACGGUCGUCGUAAUAUCACGUGGGACGACGGCAUUCGAACUAUUGCAGUGGGCGAGGCUAAAAAGCAUUAUUUAUACACUAAUACGCUAUAUUACCGUCAGAUUUAAAUAAUAAUUCCUAACUUCCAACGAUUUCGAAUAUUUUUGCUAUCCAAAUUUUUCGUUUUUGUGCUUUUUUAUUUGCGAGAAGAUCGUAAGCAAAUUUAGAAAGUUUAAUCACUAAAACAAAGCAAUUCCGAUCGGUGCCAUUUUCGACUACUGGUAACUCCCGAGCGAGCAUUAGUUCUAAAUAAUGCCGCUACGGCGAACAGCGCCAACGACGGGAUUCGAUUUGUGGUCGUAGUUGCAAAUUACCAAUGCUUUAUUCGUAAUUUUUACUUCUAAAAAAUGAAAGAUUUUUUCCAUACAUAACGUCGGCCUUUUCGCCCGAUCCGAAGAGUAAAAUUGCACGUUUAUCAUACUGUCAUAAAAUAAUGAAAUGUGGCGAGUGUGGUUUAAAAUAUAGUCAUAGACAAAGUACAAAC